AUGAUGGAUUUCGGGCACCCGCCUCCAAAUAUGGGCAUGCCGCCCCCCGUUAUGGGUGGUCCUAUGAUGGGACCACCCAUUCGUAACAACAUGCGCCAUAAUUUUAGACCUUUCAAUUAUCAGAUGCGAUUUCCACCUCAAGGUCCGUUGAACAUGACUCAGGAUGAUUUUGAUGGUAAACGAUUGCGUAAAUCAGUUAUGCGAAAAACUGUUGAUUAUAAUGCCGCUAUAAUCAAAGCUUUGGAAUGUCGUGUUUGGCAGCGCGAUUGGCGGGACAGGCAUGCACUUCAACCGGAUGCUAUGUACACUCCAGACUUGUUACCGCCACCUUCUUACCCCGAUAAUCCUAUCAACGCCGUAACCACACGUUUUGUAAAAACUGCUACAAAUAAAAUGAGAUGCCCUAUAUUUGCGGUUGCGUGGACCCCUGAAGGUCGCAGGUUAAUUACUGGUGCAUCUUCUGGAGAAUUUACACUAUGGAAUGGCCUAACAUUUAAUUUCGAGACUAUUCUCCAAGCUCAUGACUCACCAGUUAGAUCAAUGGUUUGGUCACAUGGAGAAGGAUGGAUGGUUACCGGAGAUCAUUCCGGUUUUAUUAAAUAUUGGCAAAGUAACAUGAAUAAUGUAAAAAUGUAUCAAGCUCACAAGGAAGCUGUCAGAGGCAUAAGUUUUAGUCCAAGCGAUUCAAAAAUUGUCACAUGUUCCGAUGAUGGUACAUUACGUAUAUUUGAUUUUUAUCGAUGUCAAGAAGAGAGGAUAUUAAGAGGCCAUGGAGCAGAUGUUAAAUGUGUACAGUGGCAUCCAACCAAAGCUCUCAUAGUUUCCGGUAGUAAAGAUAAUCAGCAACCCAUUAAACUUUGGGACCCUAAAUCGGGCACAGCAUUAUCAACAUUGCACGCUCAUAAGUCCACAGUCAUGGACUUAAAAUGGAAUGAGAAUGGAAAUUGGUUGAUAACUGCAUCACGAGAUCAUUUACUCAAACUAUUUGAUAUACGUAAGCUUGGUACAGAAUUACAAAUAUUUAGAGGCCAUAAGAAAGAAGCAUCAAGUGUUGUUUGGCAUCCAACACAUGAAGGAUUAUUUUGCUCUGGCGGUUCUGAUGGUGCGAUAUUAUUUUGGAAUGUUGGUACUGAUAAAGAAGUUGGAUGUAUCGAAGGAGCACAUGAAUCAAUUGUAUGGACUAUGGCAUGGCAUCCUCUUGGACAUAUAUUAUGCUCAGGUUCAAACGACCAUACAUCAAAGUUUUGGACCCGUAAUCGACCUGGUGAUCUCAUGAGAGACAAAUACAAUCUCAAUACUUUACCACCUGGUGUGCAAGAUGAUCAUGAUUUGGAAGAACCAGCUAUUAUACCUGGGAUGGGUCCAGAAGAUAAAGUAGAGAUAUUUUCUUCUGACACUGAUAAAGUUAUACCUGGUCUCGAUCUCGAUACAACAUUUAUUCCUAUGGAAUUUGAAAAGAAAGUUAAAAAAGUACCAUAUAGCAAACCUAUUCCAAGAAAUUUUCAAGCACAGUGGAAUCAUGGUCCAACAGCUGACGAUGCUACAACAGAAGCCUUCACUCAGGCAUUAGUAGAGUCUGUUCCUGGAGCUAUACCUCUACAUAUGAUUUCACCUUCUGCUAUAUUUAUUUAUGGAAAGUUAAUACCUGUUGAACCAGGAUCAAAACUAGAGAAAGCUAUAUCUGAUGGCCCUAUAGCACUGAAAAAAUAUAUUGCUACUGGAGAAAUAGAAGAAUUACAUGAUGUUAUGCCUCAUUUAGAAGAUGAUGCUGAUGAUGAAAACUUUACACCAUUUGAGUAUCCUGAACCUGAAAUAGAACCUAAUGAAGGUUCAGAGAGGGAAAACAAUGAUGAAGAUAGAAAUUAUGAACAAGAUUUAGAGUAUUACGACAAUGAAAUGGAUGUUAGUGAUCAAAAUAACCAAGAUGAUUCAUCUUUUGAUAAUGGUUCUGAUAUGAAUAAUAUGGGUCCUAUGAACAAUAUGCCUCCAAUAAAUAAUAUGGUAAGACCACCUAUGGGCAUGAAUAACAUGGGUCCAAUGGGUCCACCAAUGCGACCCAUGGGUCCCAUGCAUAUGGGUAAUAUGCCUCCUUUGGGUAAUAUGCCACCAAUGGGUAAUAUGCCUCCAAUGGGUCCAAAUAUGAAUAGCAUGCCACCAUUGAUGGGUAAUAUGCCACCACAUCCACCUUUCUCAGAUAAUGGCUAUAACAAAGGUCACUUUGAUGCUGGCUAUGAUAAUCAACAAUAUCAACAAAAUAAUGAUGACUUUAAUGAUGAUGAAUCAUUCAAUCAAAGUUAUGAAGAGGAUAAUUAUAAUGAGGAAGCCAAUGGAGAUGAAGGAUACUCAAGGAACCAGAGAUGGGAUGGUGGUUAUAGAGGACGAGGGAGGGGGCGUGGCCGUGGUAUGAAUGGGCAUGGUGGGCGCGGUAAUUGGAGGACGAAUAAUGGACCACGCGGGUCUCCGUGGAGAGGACGAGGCGGUGGAGCUAAUAGAGGUUUUAGAAGAGGUGGUAAACAGACAUCAAAUUAG